GAGGAGGGCGUGCUGUGGGGUCGGUGGCUGCAGGCGGAGAGGUCAACACUUCUGGUGACCACUUAAGUACCCAGCGAUAAGUGACAAAUCUGUCAUCUAGCAUAUGCCUUAGCCACACACGGCCACCAUUUUCAGAUCUUCCAUUAGUUCUAGCUGACCUAAGAUUAGCAGUCUAAGCUUAGUGAAAUUGAAAGUAUGCGUCGUAUACUGUUAACAAGUGACUGCGCCAACACUUGUGAGGGACAAAUUCCAACAUCUGGAUCAUCACUUUGGACCAAGACAAUAACUGUGAAGAACGCUGCUGAGACUGAGAUUACAUGGAAAAUAUACAGCUUACCACUCAGUAAUGCCCUGGGUGAACGAGUAUUUUAUAAAGUAUUUCGUACGUCUGGGAAAACUAAACCGAGAAAUUGAACGGGACUAUAGCUUUUGACAUCGAUCUUAAGAGUCAAAACAUAUCUUGAAGAAAAAGACUUCUUGCUCAUCAUUUGACAUCACCCAUGUCAGUGAUAACAUCAAUUUGGAUCUGGCAACCUUGCUGCUGGCUAGUCUGGCAGUCACCCACGACGCGUUAAAGGAGGUGGAUGCUGCUGCUCCCACCACACACGCGCACACACGCCGGGCUCAUCGAUCUUGCCAUGUGCUCUCUCCUCACUAUCUCUAAACGGAACGUUGACGACAUCUUUUCUUCCCGGCAUAUUUAAAGCUUUGUUUCUGUAGCUUCAGCAAGAGGCAGAUAAGAAAAGAUUGUGUUGAAUAGAAACGGUGUGAGCAGCAUGGCAGAAAAGGCAUUGAUAAGAGAGGAGAGCGAGCAUCCUCCCGUCGUCACCAGCGAGGACACACUGGAAAGGGUUGGAAGAACAUUGGAGAGGCCGAACACAGCCACAGAAGAAGGACAGUUACUGACAAACUCGCUCCCUGAUCACGCGAGGAGGAAGCCAAGGGUGACAUUAUGGUUGGUGGCGGCGGUGAGCGUGAGCAUGCUAGGGUCUGGCCUGCCGGCUGGCUACUGUCUGGGGGUGAUCAACACGCCACAGGAGAUAAUUCGAGCUUGGGUGAAAGUUGUGAUCCUUGAGAAGUAUGGGCUGGAGCUCUCAGCCACUGCAGAGGUCUCACUCUGGGCCAUCAUCGUGGCCAUAUUUGUAGGUGGGGCGGCUGUGGGAGCUUCGUGUGGUGCCGGCCUCGCUGACAGGAUUGGAAGACGUGCCAGUUUCUUAGUGAACCACUGGCUGUGUAUUUGUUCUGCCUUACUGCUCAUGGCCUGUAAAACAUUUGGCUCAGUCGAGAUGCUCAUCAUUGGUCGCUUCACAUCUGGUCUUUAUUCAGGUCUGGCUACAUGUUUGGUGCCUCUCUACUUGUCCGAAGUGGUGACUGCUGACCUCAGAGGUGUAAUGGGGGUCACAUUUCCUCUUGGUUUGUGUACAGGUCUGCUCUUCUCACAAAUAUUAGGAAUGGAGAGUGCCUUAGGUACGGAAAAUGGUUGGCCAUAUUUGUUAGGAGGUUACUUGGUGUGUGUGAGUAUAGCAGUUGUGCUUCACCCAGCUCUUCCGGAGUCACCGACAUAUUGCUACAUAAUAUUGCGGGAUGAAGUCAGAGGGCGGAAGGAACUAUGUCGCUUACAUAGGGACAAUAAAUAUGUGGAAGCCGAGGAGUCAUCGUUAAGAAGUCUUGCUGUAAUUAGUGGUGUAGCACAAGAAGGGAAGGCAUGGAGUCUCUCACAAGUGAUUCAAUCUCGAAGAGGCAAAAUGUUGUUAUUAAUUACUGUGCUUUUCAAUGCUGGCCAACAAUUUUCAGGCAUUAAUGCUGUGUUUUACUAUUCGACGUUGAUCUUCCGAAGUGUAGGACUGGAUCUGUAUCAGAGCCAAUGUGCCUCUAUAGGAGCUGGUGCCAUCAACUGCAUGAUGGCCAUUCUUGCCAUGCCACUUAUCAAAUACUUCCGUCGAAGAGUGCUACUCCUGACCUCUGUGGCGUUGUGCAGCUUGUGUCAGAUUGUGCUCAUGGUUUCCUUGAACCUCAUCCCUACAUCUCCAUGUGCACCCUUUGUUGCCAUAGUGGCUCUAAUGUCAUAUGUGCUAGUUUAUGGUAUGGGACUUGGUCCUGUCCCAUACAUGAUUGCUACUGAACUCUUCCCACUGGGCCCACGGUCAAUUGGGAUAGCUGUUGGUGGUACGAGCAAUUGGCUCUGUAACCUCGUCGUGGGUCUUGCCUUUCCUUUGGUUCAAGAGGUCCUUGGGGAAUGGUCAUUCUCAAUAUUUAUUGCUUCUUCUUGCCUUCUCUUUAUCUUUAUAUACAAAUUCCUACCAGAAACACAUGGCAAAAAGGAAAUAUCCCUCAAACAGCUGUCAGAUGAAGAGGAACAAGAGAGUGCUGAAGGAACUUCAACUUCGAGUAUAGAACAGGGUUCCAGUUACUCUGUUUAAUUUAGUUUAAAUUUAUUGACAAAUAUAUAUAUAUUGUAAUAUAGUACAUACAGUAUACAUACUUCAUAAUAUAGUAUACAGAAUCUCGACAGUGGGGCCAGUCAUUCAAAUUUAAACUGUUACAGUAUAUUUCUGAAAUUAUAUAUACACAACAAUUUUAUUUAACUUUGACUUUGCAAUGGCCUCUCAGUU